AUGCUCCUGCCGAUCGUGGUUGCCUGCUUUGUGGGAACUACUCUGGCCUCUGACGAGUACGGCAGUGCUGGAGGAUGGGAGGGGCUGGGUGAUUCCGGCUACCAUGGUGGAGGCCACGGUCUAGGAAAUGGCCUCGAUCAUGGUCUUGGCCAUGGUCUUGGUGGCGGUCACGUCCAGCACCAGUACGCCCAUGCGGUGCAGAUCGGCCAACACAUUGAAGUGACGAAACCAGUACCGGUGCCGGUCUACAAAGACAUCGGGGUCCCCGUAGCUCAGCCGGUGGCCAUUCCGGUUCCGCAUCCGGUCGCCAUCGGCGUGCCACAGCCGUAUCCGGUCCAUGUUCCGGUGGCCCAACCGGUCGCAAUUCCGGUCGUCAAAACGAUCGCGGUUCCGGUCGAAAAGAGGGUGCCCUACCCUGUCGAGAAGAUCAUCCCUGUUCCUGUGGAAAAACACAUCCCGAUUCCCGUGGAAAAGCAUAUCCCCGUUCCCGUGGAAAAGCCUUAUCCGAUCCACGUGCCGAUUUACAAGCACAUCUUCCACAGGGUCAAGAGUCAUGGCCAUGGGUGGUCGCAUUACAGCUGCACGGUGCACAUAUUCAAUCCCACGUGGCUUGCCAUGUACAGAAUCGCCCUUCUUUCCCUGGUGUCCCUGAGCACGGCUUACCCCAUAGUGGUGCACGAUCAUGGCGGCCAGUUCCUCCUGUCCAGCGGCUUCGGCUUGGGGAUGCAGAUCGACAGAUCGGACCACGAAAGUAUAGGCAGCUCCGGCGGCGAGGGCUAUGGCAGCUAUGGCGGCUAUGGCGACUAUGGAGGCCAUGGGGGAUAUGAGAGCUCAGGAGGUGACGAGUCCCAGUCAUCGGGUUUCGGAGCUGGAGGCCACCAGGGUUCCUAUGGGGGCUCCUACGGGGGUUCCUAUGGGAAUUCCUAUGGGUCCUUCGACAGCUACGGCGGAGGCCACGGCGAAAACGAGAUCGGCCAUGGUGGAGGAGGGAUCAACCUCGAUGGAGGCCAGAGCUACAUCCACAGUGUUCCAGUAUCCGAACACGUCGAAGUCACCAAGCCCGUGGCGGUGCCGGUGUACAAAGAGAUAGGGGUACCUGUUCCUCAUCCAGUGAAGAUCAACGUGCCUCAUCCCGUCGCGGUUGGCGUUCCUCAACCAUACCCAGUGGCGGUUCCAGUUCCUCAUCCGGUGCCCAUCCAGGUGGUGAAGACAGUAGCGGUCCCGGUGGAGAAGAAGGUUCCCUACGCGGUGGAGAAACACAUCCCCGUGCCCGUUGAGAAACCAGUACCCAUCCACAUCGAAAAACACAUCCCCGUUCCCGUGGUCAAGCCCUACCCCAUCCGCAUCCCUGUCUACAAGACCAUCUACCACCACGCGAAGAGUCACCACCAGCACCACUAG